CCACCUUGUGACUGGGUCUAACAGAGGAUACAAAGAGACGAGUAUUGUAUUCACGCAACUGUCUAUGUACAAUAGUAGCACUAUAGUGCUUGAGGAAAAGACGUGCAUUCUGUGCAAUAUGUGGAUUUUAUGGAUUACAUUGUAAAAGAAAUGUUUUAUCUACGUUUUGUCGGUUUUAUCAUCUUCUUCUCCACUGUGGAGUGUGGAAGUUACCAGCACGUGCGGUUUUUCAACGAAAAAGAACUUGCCAGAAAAAGUCCUAGACAUUUGAUACUUCCAGAAAUUCCCGAAUUACCUGAAAUAACUUUGGAACUGUGGAACGAACCGGUUUUUCCACUUUCUCAUACACUGCCUGCACCUUCAAAGCACAUUGAUAGUCCAGCAUAUGUUAUUGAUCAUGGACCACCUCGAUAUGCUCAAACGGGACAAUCAUAUCAAGGAGUUUAUGAUCCUUUUCUUUUGACCGGACCAGCAGCUAAACGGGCAGCUAGAUAUUUAUACAGCAAGGAAUUGUUUUUCAACGAGAUUCCGCAUGAGAGGGCAAUGAAAUAUAACGAAGAGUUAAGGAUUAAAAAUGGACUUUCAGCUCAUAGAUUAGGCUCGCUUAGAUGGCGGUCUCCUUUUUACAGAAAUUACUGAUAUUUACUAUUUAACAAUUACAGUGUCUUAAAUAAACUUUUUAUAAAAUUC